AUGUUUUACUUGAUAGCUCAGACUAAUCUACAUUGCAAACUUCUACCAAAUAACAUGGCUCCUAACCAGGUUGUCGUCGGUAUUCCUCGAGAAACUGUCAACCCAUGGGAACGCCGAGCUGUUCUCACACCCGACCACGUGUCCACCCUCGUUCGUAAGGGAAUUCGGGUGCUUGUCCAACCCUCGGACAGACGAAUUUUUGCCCAGUCUGAGUACGUUGAGGCUGGAGCGGAGGUGAAGGAAGACCUCAGCGAAGCAUCUGUCAUUAUGGGGGUUAAGCGACCGUGUCAACUCACAACCGAAUCUCUGAUUCCCAACAAAACGUACGCCUUCUUUACUCAUACUAUUAAGGCCCAGGAAGACAACAUGGAACUGCUGGACACUCUGCUUGAACGUAAUAUCCGCAUAGUAGAUUAUGAAUGCAUGGUGGAUGAGAACGACAGGCGAGUGCUCGCGUUCGGAAAGUUUGCUGGAUACUCGGGCAUGGUUAAUGCCCUCCAUGGAUUGGGACAACGUCUCCUUGCUCUCGGCUACACAACUCCAUUCAUGACAAUUGCAAUGCCCCAAACCUACUCGUCUUUGGAGAUGGCCAAGCAGGCUAUAAAGAACACAGGCUACGAGAUCGCUAUGAACAAGAUGCCUAGUUCCAUCGGACCCCUCAUCUUCCUCUUCACGGGCUAUGGAAACGUCAGCAAGGGGGCCCAAGAACUGUUUCGCCUCUUGCCUCACAAGUACAUUACUCCUGCCGAAAUGAAGGAAAUUGCCACAAACGGCCGCACCGACAUCGUCUACGGAGUGGAGGUUGGUGAGCCGGACCACUUGAGGCACAAGGAGACAGGGAAGUUCGACAUGAAGGAUUUCAGAUCGAAUCCACAAAAUUAUAAGAGCGUGUUCGCCAAGGAAAUCGCUCCCUACAUGUCAGUCAUGAUUAAUGGCAUUUACUGGGGUGUUAACGAUCCCCGAAUCAAUGUUCCAAAUGCGCCUGCAAACCUUUCUACUUCUUGUUUUGGUUCGAACGUGAUAGGAUGCCCCCCACUGCCCCAGCGGUUAAUUGCUGUGUGCGAUAUCUCUGCCGACCCGAAUGGUUCGCUGCAGUUCAUGCAGGAGUGCACGACAAUCGAAAAGCCCUUUGAAUUUUCCGACCGCUUGCUCAAUACGCACCUUUUGUCUCCUAGCAUUGCCGGAGAGGGCUUUCUUGUCUGCUCCAUUGAUAACAUGCCCAGUCAAAUUCCCGUUGAAGCCUCCAACUACUUCGGUGAUAGGCUGAUGCCCUGGCAUCUGAUGCAACAGAACCAUUCGAAUGUUAUAAAGCCAGCUGUUAUUGCCUCAAACGGCAGACUUACCCCACGUUUUCAAUACAUUGACACACUGCGUAGGCAGAAUGAGGCGAGAGGUCACAAGGUUCUGAUUCUUGGUGCGGGUUUCGUUGUUCCGUCGAUUGUCGGAUACCUGAUUCGCGAUCCUAAUACGUCAAAAUUUUGGAUACUUUUUCGCUUGAUUGUGGCCAAAGUUGACGAGGUUGCUGAAGACGAAUGUCUUGGGAAAUUAAUAAGUAGACAUGAUUUGGUCGUGAUCAUGACACCCUGGAAAUUCCAUACAAAGGUCAUCAACGCUUGCAUUGCUCACAAGAAGAACUUCCUUACGGCAAGCUACUGCUCUCCUGAGCUUCGCAAACUCGAAACCGCCAUCGAAAAUGCUGGAAUAAUCGGGGUCAUGGAAAUGGGACUUGAUCCAGGCAUCGAUCACAUGCUCGCGAUGGAGUGUUUCGAUGAGGUCUACAGGAGGGGUGGCAAAGUCAUUUCCUACAAAUCCUAUACGGGUGGCCUUCCAGCACCCGAAUUCGCCGAUAAUCCUCUCCGAUACAAGUUCAGCUGGAGUCCAGAAGCUGCAAUGUCCACGGUCCUGAAUUCUGCUCUCUACCUGGAAGACGGCAAGAGGAAGGAGAUUGCCGCAGGUGGCGAUCUGAUGGACGCGGCACAGAGAAUGAAUGAUCUAAUUGGAUUCAACCUGGAAAGCUACCCCAACCGCGAUUCAAUAAGCUACAAAGACGUCUAUAAGCUAAAGGACUGUGAAACAGUUAUCCGUGGCACAAUACGUUACAAGGGCUUUGCAAAAGUUGUUCGGGCACUUAUAAACCUGGGCUUCAUGGACACCAAGGAGCACCCGAAGUUGGCUCCCGGAGCUCCGAGUUUGACAUGGGUAGCUCAAAUGGCUAAUGCGCAUAAUUUUAUCCCAAUGUUUAAGAAAUUAAUAUUACUUGAGAUUCUUUCGGACAAAGUGGCUGAACUGAAGGGGUCUCCAUUUGCUACUAUUUCACAGCAUUUCGCCGACAUUAUGGCAUACGGUCCAAACGAACGCGACUUAAUCGUCAUGUCACACCAGAUUGGCAUCGAGUGGCCCGAUAAAAGGCGCGAGCUGCGAGUGGUGAGGCUUGUGGUCUACGGUGAAGCCGGUAAAGGCAAGGCAGGCUUGGCCAUGUCCCGCACUGUCGGCAUUCCCGCUGCCAUCGCAGCACGCAUGAUUCUAGACGGAAAAAUCCAGAGGAAGGGCUAUGUACUGCCCCUAACCUCUGACAUUUAUGAGCCAAUUCUCGAAGAGCUCAAGAAUGAGGGUAUUCAAGCAACGGAAGUUACUGUGCCUUUGUAG